GAUUUAGCAUCUUAUUUAUCUGUAAUUCUGAUUAUCUAUCCCUCGGACUAUCGGCUAUGCAAUUGGCCAAUAAAAAUAUGUACCUUGUAUAUUACCGGUAACAAGUUGAUAAUAAUUAUUAUCUUUAUGAAUUUAAAAAAAUCUAUUUUAUUUAAGUAAGAAAUCGAAAUAAACGAUACAUUUUCGCUCAAAAUAUCCAGUGCACUACGAUGGACCAUCUACAUUGAUAAAAUCUUCAAUAAUUGAGAGUCGACUGGCCGCAAGAUGUCGGGUGGAGGAACGACCGGAGCGUUGCUGUACGCGGUCUCCGCGGCAGUGCUGGGAAUGCUUCAAUUCGGCUUCAACACUGGAGUCAUCAACGCACCGAGAGAGUUUAUCGAAAACUUCAUCAAUGAAAACUAUUCCGUUAACUCCGGCACCGUCUUCAGUGUCAUCGUGAGCAUAUUUGCUAUCGGCGGUAUGAUUGGCUGUCCACUAGCCAGUUGGAUCGCUGAUAAACGUGGUCGCAAAUUUGCGUUAAUUGUGAACGCAGCCUUCGGUGUUAUAGGCGCAGUGUUUAUGGGCUUUAGUAAAGUGUCAACGUCACUGGCAAUGUUGAUCAUCGGUAGGUUUCUCAUUGGUAUAAAUUGCGGCUUUGCUACGACGGCGUCGCCUACCUACGUGUCUGAAGUUGCACCUGUCAGGUUACGAGGUGCAUUUGGAACUGUAAAUCAGCUGGCCGUUGCUUUUGGACUGGUUGGCGGACAGAUUUUAGGUAUUGACGUUAUUUUGGGUAGCAACGAAGGUUGGCCCUGGCUUCUCGGAUUAGCUAUAGUCCCGUCGGCAGUUCAGUGUGUAAUGUUGCCAUUUGCUCCAGAGUCUCCUCGAUAUCUUCUUCUCGUACAGCGUGACGAGGAACAAGCGAGAAGGGCGUUAACAAAAAUAAGAGGUACGACAGAAAUUGAUGAUGAAAUUAAAGAUAUGCACGAUGAGGAUCGAGCAGAAAAGCAAGAGGAGAAAUUUACUGUCGGUGAUUUAUUAAGAAUGGAAAGUUUACGAACUCCUAUGAUUAUUGGAAUUGUUAUGCAUCUGUCGCAACAACUUGGAGGCAUCAACGCCGUUCUAUACUAUUCGGCAUCAAUUUUCGUCAGCACAGGAUUAACAGAAAGAGAUGCAAGAUUGGCUUCGAUCGGUGUCGGCAGCAUGUUGUUUAUAAUGGCGUUAGUGUCUAUUCCUUUAAUGGAUCGUCUAGGCAGGCGCACUCUACAGUUGUGUGGCCUCGGUGGUAUGACUCUGUUUUCAAUUCUAAUGACAAUAGCGUUCUUCACAUACGAGAACAACACAACCAUGAGCGUAUUCGCUGUUUUGUUCACUCUAUUAUACGUUGCCUUUUUCGGUGUCGGUCCCAGUUCUAUACCCUGGAUGAUUUUAUCUGAACUAUUCGGUCAAGGGGCUCGAAGCGCUGCUGUUAGUGUCGGAGCGCUUGUGAACUGGUUCGCUAAUUUCAUUGUCGGUCUAACAUUUAUUCCUCUGUCAGACCUACUGGGUAACUUUGUUUUCUUGCCGUUCACGAUACUUUUGAUUAUAUUCUUCGCAUUUACCUACUUCAAAUUGCCCGAAACAAAGAACAGGACGAUUGAAGAAGUGACAGCUCUUUUUAAGAAAUAAUUAUACCUCAAGUAUUUAAUCUAAGCAACAUUCCUUUGAUGUAAGAGAACCUAUUAUUGCAAUAAGUGUACACUAACAAUUCGUGAUAGAAAUUGUAUUAUCUUGUUCGUUUAAAAACUUUUUUAUCUUUGGUAAAAGUUUUAAUGGACCUCGUAUUUACUCAUUGAAAUCGUAUUUCUUCGAUUUCGGAUUAAGGUUAGGAAGACUGAAAACCAACGUACGUUAAAUAUAUUUUAUUGUAAUACUAUGUACUUACCACGGAUACAACUACAUUUAAUGUUAUAGAGAAG